AUGGAGGAAAGCCUCGCCUUCACAGGCAUCCUCUUUCAGCCGGUGCCAUGGAGCCCCGCGACCAAGCGGGGCAUGCCCGCCGAGCUGGAGGCAUACCAUGCCAGCCCGGACCACACCAUCAUCAACAUCCCUCCCACCAUGAUGUUCAAGGCCAAAAUUUUCAAGCCCUCUCGACUGUGCGCAAUUUUCAGGAAGGAGAGCGCCGGCGUGCCUGAGGGCCAGGGCACCCUGACCUGA